UUCAUUAAUUUCUGUUAUUUAAUCUAUCCUACAUUUUUUUAUUUCCAUCUAAACUUAGAUUGCCUUCCUUCCUUUCUCUCAUGACAGAAAAAUAUUAAAGACAACAUCAGCAAUAUCAACAUUACCACUGAAUGCUUCAGAAGAGGAACAUGAUAAUAAAAAACAAAUAUAAAACAAUGCAGUGAAGAGAAAAAAAACGUCCAUAACAUCACGGAUUUAGUGAAAGAAAAAUAAAUCUUUCGAAGUCAUUUUAGCGAGUGAACAGAAGACAACAGUUGGAAUAAAAUGGAAUAUCCGAAUUAAGAAAUGGAUUACUGAAUCCGAAAUUUCGAAGCAGCGAACAAGUGUCCGUGACGCGACCGGCAAUCCAUGAACAGUGGCCAAGUGAAAUUAAAUAAGUAAUAUAUAUAUGUAUACGUUGUUGCUGGUGGAUCGGGACGUUGGAUUUUCCUCAAGAGGAUGACGUUCGAGCUCAUUUGAAAAACGGAGAGAGAAGAUAAAAUAAAAUACAAAAGGACUGAAGAAAGACAAAAGGGAGGAGAGGAGAAUAAAUAAGAGGAAAUCUGAGUAAAAGGAAGAACCACAAAAGACAAGAAAGAAAAUUAAAAGAGACAAGAGGAAAGAAGAAGAAAAAACGAUAGAACGAGAGAGAAAAGGAAAAGGAAAAUAAAAGAGAAGAAAGAGGAAGAACGAAAAAAAGGAGAGAGAGAGAAGAUAAGAAAGAGGAAAAAAAGAAGAAGAUAAAGAAGACGAAGAAGAAAAAAAAAGGAAUAAAGAAGACUAAUAAGAAAAAAAAAGGAAUAAACAAGAUCAGAAGAAGAGAUUCAAAAUCGAAGCCAAAUGAUUCUUCACUUCUUCUUUAUCCACCUCCUUCGCCUCCUGUUUCUGUGGCGCCAGGUCGAAGCAGCAGGCGCUCCAGUGUUGCCAAGCCUGCUGCCCGUGAUGACGACGACGCUGGUGGGCCCGGCGGAGGAGGAGGCGGAAGACAGGCCUACGCCCCGGGCUGUCUUCACCUUGCAGAACAACACGGAGCUCAGGUCACAAGUUGGCACGACGGCGGUGUUGCACUGCGUGGCGGAGCAUGUCGGCGAAAAUUUGGUAUCGUGGAUAAGGAGGAGGGACUACCACCUCCUCACUGUUGGUUCCCAUGUCUACAGCAGCGACGACAGAUUCCAAGUUCGCUAUAUCAAGGAGAAAAACGAUUGGCAGCUUCACAUCCGCUACGUUCAGGUGCGGGACGACGGUGCCUACGAGUGCCAGGUGUCAUCGCAUCCGCCCGUCAGCCUCCUCGCCACGCUGCGGGUCCUCGAAGCCACGUCGGAGAUCCUAGGAGGACCUGAGAAAUACAUGACCGCCGGCAGCUCCUUGAGGCUCGUCUGCGUCUUGAGGGACAACACGCAGCCUCCAAGUUAUGUCUUUUGGUAUCAUGAUGACGUCAUGAUUAAUUAUCAGUCGACGAGAGAGGUCCGCGUGGAGAACAACGGGGGAUUGAGUGUGCUGUUCCUCAGACGCGUUACGCCCGCAGACUCCGGGAACUACACGUGCGCGCCCUCCAACGCCCGCCACGCCCAUAUCCAUAUCCAGGUUCUCAAAGGUGGAGAGACCCCCGCAGCCAUACAUUCCGGUUCAAGCAGGACUUCCCCUCCGCCCCCCCUCCCCCGGCUGGUCCUCGAGGGGGCGGCGCUAAUCCUGUGCCUCGAGGUCCUACUCAGACUGAUGCUGUCCUCAGGGAUCGUCCUCGCGGGGGCAGGCAUGGGGCGUGACCUCGCUCUGGCAGUGACCUAGACUUCCGGGUCAACUAAGGUCAACUGUCGACCUUUAUGACCUUCCUUCAUGUGUCACGUGAUCUGUUCAUAUGACCUUCGAACCCUCGCUAACCCUCUUGCAAGCCCCGUAUAUCCGUGUGUGUUAAUAAAGAAGAAAUGACGAAAUUAAGAAGACAAAAGAGAAGAAGAAAGAAGAAUAAAUAUACGUGGAAAAGAUAGAUAGAGAGAGAGAGUGAGAGAAAGAUAGAGAAAGAGAAAAAAAAGACAAAAAAAAAAAAAGCAGUAUUAUCUGUGCUUGACAAGAGAUGUUCUAUAUUAUGUUGUGAGGGAAAAAAAACUUUAAAAAAAAAUUAGUAAAAACCCAAACAAGAAAGAAAAUGAGGAUGAGGAGAAGGAUAAGGAUAAAGAAAGAAAAAAAUAAACGAUUUAAUUCGACGCCGGAAACAAAUGGUACAGAGAAUAAUGACUGAUUAAUUAAGUAUCACCUUUAAGAUGUGAUUACAGAGGGGUAAAAUUACCUUGUUUUUACCCAAGCUGACAAAGCAAAAAGAGGAAGAAAAAAAAGAAAGAAGUGUAGAGAAUGCCACGAUAAUACAGGGAAGUGAAACAGAUAAAGAGGGUUUUACGAAGAGGGGAAGAGGGGAACAGGAAGCCAAGAGAAUGAGAGAAAAUAAGAUACAACGAUAGAGGGAGAGACUGAAGUGGUAUAGAUUGAAAUUUAUUGAUAAAAAUCUUUCCACGCAUCAGUUGUACAUAUAGAGCACAAGCUAUAUUUCUAAACUUUAAAUAAGGUCUUAUAAGCUGUAUUUUAGAUACUAAAACCCAAUGAAU